AUGUCCUACAAAUUCGUGCCAGACGCCUUUGCCAGCACAGCAGCUCCGGAGACCUGGAGCGUCUUGAUCUCGCAGAGGCGUCGUUGGAUCAACUCGACAAUCCACAACUUGGCAGAAUUGGUGAAAUUGAACGACCUUUGCGGCUUUUGCUGCUUCAGCAUGAGGUUUGUAGUCUUCAUCGAUCUCUUCGGGACCUUAAUCCUACCAGCCACCUGUGGAUAUUUGGGUUAUCUGAUCUACCGUGUUGCCACCCACUCCGGCCAGUUUCCCUUGAUCUCGAUAGUGAUGAUCGCCGCAGUCUACGGCUUACAAGCACUCAUCUUCAUCAUGAAACGUCAAUGGCAACAUGUCGGCUGGAUGAUCAUUUACAUAAUGGCGUACCCGAUAUACUCCUUCAUCCUGCCAGUCUAUUCAUUUUGGAAUCAAGACAACUUCACGUGGGGAAGCACGAGAAUAGUCAUCGGCGAGAAGGGCAACAAACAGAUUGUUGCCAAUGAGGAUGAAGGAUUUGAUCCUAGGAGUGUACCCCUUCAACGCUGGGAUGAUUAUGCUGCUACAAACAAUCUACCAGGUCGCCGGGGCAUGGCUGGCCAAGAAAAGUACGAAAUGGAUGGCAGCAACCAGUAUGAGAUGGACGACAUUCAAUCCGUCUAUUCAUAUGCCAAGCCAGCUUCUACAAUAUUGACUGGCUUUCAGCAACCAGGAGCGUAUAUGACCCCGACAUCUCCAGCUGCUUUCCACGGGCAGUCGGGACGACAAUCAGCCAUGUCUUUUGCGCCGUACAAAGACGCACCUCAGUAUGCAUCGAAACGACAGUCUAUGGUGGAGAUGCCUGGUUCUCCAUAUCAGGAUCAUCCAAAUAGCCCCUACAACACGAUGGGACCGCGUAGCACGGGAUUGCCGAGUACAGACAAUCUCAUCGCGAUGCAAUCCCCGCAGAUACGGCAACAACAGCGGAGUCCACUUGGUGGCACGCCGUAUGGUGGAAGCCGACCUGUCAGUACCCUUGACUUCCGAACAGGGGUGCUGAGUCCGGGCGACAGCGACAUAAAUCACGGCGCUAUUCAAGACGCCGUGAGGGACUGUCUAGCUGAGGUCAACCUCGACACAGUGACGAAAAAGCAAGUGCGGGCAUUAGUAGAGCAGAGGCUACAAACAGAAUUGAGCGGAGACAAACGCGGAUUUCUAGAUCGUGAGAUUGAUGAGCAGUUGGCUAACAUUGUACGAAAAGCAGGAGAUGAAUUGGUGACCUGGUCUGGUAGGCGUAAUUGGAUCAUUGGGUUGAUAAUAGUUGGGACUGUAUAA